AUGGAGGUCAGUGUGAGGGCUGCUCUAGGACUGUCCCUCACGGGCAUGUCUGGCCUCAGCCUCAUCUCCCCUGCCUGGUUCCAGAGCCCUUCCUUCUCCUAUGGUGUCUUUGCAUACUGCUCCUGGCCACAGGGUGACCGCUGGAACCAGAGCUGUGUGACCUUUGGGUCCCUGAAGGACAUGCCAGGCUUGGCCUGGAAGGUCUCGGCUGUGAUGCUCCUGGAAGGCUGGGUCCUGCUGGCCAUUAGUGCUCUUCUUCUUUUGGCCUGGACACUGGCCCCGAGAAGGCUGUAUCCCUGGAGGGGCUCUGCUCCAACAUCUAUGGUCCAGGCAGCAGCAGCAGCCUCCACCCUUGUAGGUCUGCUGGUUUUUCCAGUCACUCUGGCUUCCCCUUUAGCCAAAGAAAUCUGUGAAGGUUCCUCCACAUACUACAGCGGAACAUGCCAGCUGAGCUGGGGCUAUGCUACUACCAUCCUCAAUGUGGUCCUGACCAGUCUGCUUGUUGUCAUCGGAUGGCCUCGAAUGACCAAUGGCCAGAGGACAGCUACCCCAUCCUCUAGUGACACUCCAGAGAAUCUCCCUUGUGUCAGAAUAAGCAAAUGA